GACGCACGCGCGUCGGGGCGCUGCUGCCCGGAGCCGUGGAGGCUGCGGGCUUGGCUGCGGCGGCGGCGGCGGCGGCGGCGGCGGCGGCGGGAGGUUGGAGAGAAAUCCAGGUACUCAGUUGACUGGUACCUUCUGCCACCAUGGGAGAGCUUUUCCGGAGUGAGGAGAUGACGCUGGCCCAGCUUUUUCUACAGUCAGAAGCUGCUUAUUGUUGCGUUAGUGAAUUAGGAGAACUCGGAAAGGUCCAGUUUCGUGAUUUAAAUCCAGAUGUAAAUGUUUUCCAGCGGAAAUUUGUGAAUGAAGUUAGAAGAUGUGAAGAAAUGGAUCGAAAACUUCGAUUUGUUGAAAAAGAGAUAAGAAAAGCUAACAUUCCAAUUAUGGACACUGGCGAAAACCCAGAGGUGCCCUUCCCCCGGGACAUGAUUGAUUUAGAGGCCAAUUUUGAGAAGAUUGAAAAUGAACUGAAGGAAAUCAACACAAACCAGGAAGCUCUGAAGAGAAACUUCCUGGAGCUGACUGAAUUAAAAUUUAUACUGCGCAAAACUCAGCAGUUUUUUGACGAGGCUGAAUUGCAUCAUCAGCAGAUGGCGGAUCCAGACCUGUUGGAAGAGUCCUCAUCCCUCUUGGAGCCAAGUGAGAUGGGAAGAGGCACGCCUUUAAGACUUGGCUUCGUGGCUGGUGUGAUUAACCGGGAGCGCAUCCCUACUUUUGAGCGCAUGCUUUGGCGGGUGUGCCGGGGAAAUGUGUUCCUGCGACAGGCUGAAAUCGAGAACCCCCUGGAGGAUCCUGUGACUGGCGACCACGUGCACAAGUCUGUGUUUAUCAUUUUCUUCCAAGGCGAUCAGCUGAAAAACAGAGUCAAGAAGAUCUGCGAAGGGUUCCGAGCCUCACUCUAUCCCUGUCCUGAGACACCACAGGAAAGGAAGGAAAUGGCUUCCGGGGUUAAUACCAGGAUUGAUGACCUCCAAAUGGUUCUGAAUCAAACGGAGGAUCACCGCCAGAGGGUUCUGCAGGCAGCCGCUAAGAACAUCCGUGUCUGGUUCAUCAAGGUGCGGAAGAUGAAGGCCAUCUACCACACCCUGAACCUGUGCAACAUAGAUGUGACCCAGAAGUGCCUGAUUGCAGAGGUCUGGUGCCCCGUCACUGACCUGGACUCCAUCCAGUUUGCACUGAGAAGAGGCACGGAACACAGUGGCUCCACUGUACCCUCCAUUUUGAACAGGAUGCAAACAAACCAGACUCCUCCAACCUAUAACAAAACCAACAAGUUUACCUAUGGCUUUCAGAACAUAGUAGAUGCUUACGGAAUUGGAACUUACCGAGAGAUCAAUCCAGCUCCAUAUACCAUCAUCACUUUCCCUUUUCUGUUUGCUGUGAUGUUUGGGGACUUUGGCCAUGGCAUUUUGAUGACCCUUUUUGCUGUGUGGAUGGUGUUAAGGGAGAGCCGGAUCCUUUCCCAGAAGAAUGAAAAUGAGAUGUUUAGCACUGUGUUCAGUGGUCGAUACAUUAUUCUAUUGAUGGGUGUGUUCUCCAUGUACACUGGCCUCAUCUACAAUGAUUGCUUUUCCAAGUCUCUUAAUAUCUUUGGGUCAUCCUGGAGUGUACGGCCGAUGUUUACUUAUAACAAUUGGACGGACGAGACACUUCAGGGGAACCCUGUUCUGCAGCUCAACCCGGCGCUCCCUGGAGUUUUUGGUGGACCAUACCCCUUUGGCAUCGAUCCGAUAUGGAACAUUGCUACCAAUAAACUAACCUUCCUCAACUCCUUUAAGAUGAAGAUGUCUGUUAUCCUUGGCAUCAUCCAUAUGUUGUUUGGAGUCAGCUUGAGCCUUUUCAACCAUAUCUAUUUCAAGAAGCCCCUGAAUAUAUACUUUGGAUUUAUUCCUGAAGUAAUCUUCAUGACCUCUUUGUUUGGCUACUUGGUUAUCCUUAUUUUUUACAAGUGGACAGCCUAUGAUGCUCAUACAUCUGAGAAUGCACCAAGCCUUCUGAUCCACUUCAUAAACAUGUUCCUCUUCUCCUACCCAGAGUCUGAUAAGUCAAUGCUCUAUUCUGGACAGAAAGGAAUUCAGUGUUUCCUGGUAGUGGUUGCACUACUGUGUGUACCUUGGAUGCUGCUGUUUAAACCACUGGUCCUUCGCCAUCAGUACUUGAGGAGGAAGCAUUUGGAAGGGCAACCUGUGGAGGCCCCAGUCAGCCCAACCCCGAGCCAACAGGGAGUAGAGGCAGCAGCGGCUGCAACAGGAACUCUCAACUUUGGUGGGAUCAGGGUGGGCAACGGACCGACAGAGGAGGAUGCUGAGAUUAUUCAGCAUGACCAGCUCUCCACCCACUCAGAGGACGCAGAAGAGUUUGACUUUGGGGACACCAUGGUCCACCAGGCCAUCCACACCAUCGAGUACUGCCUGGGCUGCAUCUCCAACACCGCCUCCUACCUGCGGCUCUGGGCCCUCAGCCUCGCUCACGCACAGCUGUCUGAGGUGCUUUGGACCAUGGUGAUCCACAUCGGCCUGAGCGUGAAGAGCUUGGCAGGAGGUCUGGCACUUUUCUUCAUCUUCGCCGCCUUUGCCACCCUGACCGUGGCCAUCCUCCUGAUCAUGGAGGGCCUCUCAGCCUUCCUCCACGCGCUGCGGUUACACUGGGUUGAGUUCCAGAAUAAAUUCUACAGUGGGACCGGUUUCAAGUUCCUGCCCUUCUCCUUCGAGCACAUUCGGGAAGGGAAGUUUGAGGAGUGAGCCCCUGCUAGGACUGUGCGUCCCUGGAUGCCCUCCCUGCCUCCCUCCACAGUGGUUGUGCUCCUUUGCCUGUUGGUUGUGAUCCCUGGGCACCAGGGCAAGUGUCACCCCCGUCUGUGAGUCAUUUAGCUAGAACGGGUCCUCCAUAGGCCUCCCGCCACCCCCAGCUGUGUGUGUAGUGUAGUGGUGUCCUGGGGAGAAGCUGGGCUCUGGCUGUCACUCAUACUCCCUGGGCACCAGCUGUGCCCUCCUGGCCUCCUGCCAGCCAAAGACAGCCCUUCUGCGUCCCCUGGUGGUGAACCGGUCUGUGUGUUCACACACGGCCCACAGCCCUCUGGGCUCCCCACGCCCGUCGUGGAUGGAAGGAGCACCAGUGCCACCCACAUCUAGACUUUGGGUCCCCUACACCUGUCACUGGUGGCUGUGGGGGGGUUGGGCACUACAGGUUCUCCCUCAGAAAGGGGACACUCUUCGACAUGUCCCACCUUGCGGUUAGCAGGGGUAGGUCCAGGAAGACGGUAUUUUUGUCCUUUGCUCACCCCCUUUGGGGCUUGUUAAUCAGGAAUUCAGUUGAAUCCAACUGGGCCAUCAUGAGUGGCUUCUCCCUGUCACCCCCCAACCCUGCACUUCCACCCUCUCCACCUCUCUCCCCAUUUGCACCCAGCACGAUGUCGCACGGCCGGGAGUGCCCCAGAACAGAGGUCUGGCCGGCCCGGCAGCACACAGGGCUUCCCUGCCUUGAGUUGGCUACUUCCCAGGCGUUGCGUGGGCGCUGCCCGCAGGCUCGCGCUCGGAGCAGAGCGUCCGGAUGGGUGCUCCUUCCUGGCGGAGACUCUGAGACCUUCCCCCACCCCCCAAUCAUGAUGUCUUGAGCAUGGGGCUGCGGUCACCAUGGCUGGUUCUGCCUGCAGCCUGCCUUGCUCUGCCCACCCGCACCCCCUCCCCACUUCCACACUGGCCCCCGGUCUCGGGAGGGAUGGCCUGGGCAGGGAAGGGCAGUGUCACAGAGGAUUUAGACAGCCAGGCUGCCAGUGCAUGUGGGUGUGAGGGCUGCACAGCCCUGCCAAGGGGCCACGUGCCCUGUCACCCCCGCACCGCGCUGUGGAUCUUAGAGCCUUCUAAUCAUGUGUUGGUGCAGCAGCCCUGGCUGCCCGAGCCAAAUUCGUGCCCACUGGCCUCGGUGGUGGAGGUAAUCCCCCGGGUCAGCCAGGCCUGUGCCCUCCUCCCACCCUGGCUUUUCUCAGUGAGCUGCUUAGAGCUGCCCACGUGCCUCUCCCAGCUGGCCUGGCCCUGGGCAUGGGCCACCCUGCCCCAGCUUCACUAUGUGCUGGCCCGUCGUGACCUGACCCAACCCUGUGCAGAGCCCCCUCCCCUUUUGCCCUGGGUUUACGUGAUGAUUUUGCUCUGUUUACAGUGGGGCUUGAAGCAGAGUUCUUAGUCAAGGAACACUGUCCAAGGCCCUUCUGUUCAGACAUUCCUGUGCUGAAUAAAGUGUUUGACUCUA